GGAAUGGCUGCGCCUAUACAGUCUGUUUCUCAGAUGUUGAACGUGAUAAUAUGAUGAUAAAUAGUUACCGGUAAUACUUCAUGAUGAGAAAAUCAAAGGGUCAGAAGGAUAGAGGUCAUGGGAGUAAACAGAACUUGAAAAGUGACCGACGGAAACAAAGGCAGCACAAGUUUGAUGAAGACCGAUUCUGUGAUGACAUGACUAGAGCUCUUCAAGAGGAUGAAGAUGGGGAAGCAGCCAUCAAGUUUCCGUGUCCGCUUGCCAUGUGGGAUUUGGAACACUGUGACCCCAAGAAGUGCACUGGUCGCAAACUCUGCAAUCUGGGUUUGGUUCGGAGGCUGCGGUUACAACAGAGGUUUGAUGGGAUCGUGCUGUCUCCCGUUGGAAGUCGGUGUGUGUCUCUAGAGGAUAGAGAGAUCAUCGCGGGACAUGGUGUUGCUGUUGUGGACUGCUCGUGGGCCAGACUGGACGAGACGCCGUUCACCGUGAUGAAAACGCGCAACCCUCGACUUCUACCCUACUUGAUUGCAUCUAAUCCCAUCAACUAUGGGCGACCAUGUAAACUCUCAUGUGUGGAAGCGUACGCUGCCGCAUUUUAUCUCACAGGUUUUAAAGAGUUAGGUGAACUGCUGCUCAGUAAGUUCAAGUGGGGAGCUUCAUUCUAUAAGGUGAAUCGUGAACUUCUCGAUAAAUACACCACCUGUAAGAGCAGCGCUGAGGUGAUCGCUGUACAGCAGGAAUACCUGGCUAGUCUGGAAGAAGAGAAACAGCGGGUUAAGCCUGACUUAACUGACAUUGAUAUGUCUCUGGAACAGUGCAACCCAAAUCGGUGUCUCAACAUCCCAGAAGACAGCUCAGAGGAAGAAGACACUGAUGAUGAUGAUGAUGAUGAUGAUGGUGAUGGUGAUGAUGAAGGAGCUAACGACGAUGAAGACAAAAAAAUUUCUGGGAAGGAAUCACCUAGUAUGUUUGUUAAAAGUUUACCGAAAGAAAACAAUGGGGACACAAUUGGCUAUCAGUGUGAAUCUUUAGUAUCCUUAUGUACUAAAAAUCAGGAUACCACUGCAGGUGACAUUGAAACUGGAAGUGAAGAUAGGACUAGAAUAUCCUUAUCACCAGUGUGAAAAUACUGUGUUCUCAAAUACUGGAAAUAAGGAUACUUCAACAGAUGACACUGAAGCUAUUGUUUUCUGUAGGUAAAGAGAUGGGUCUAAAUUAUCAUAUUAUAUCUUGGAAUACUGAAGAUAAGGAUUAAGAGAUGGGUCUAAACUAUCAUAUUGCAUCUUGGAAUACUGAAGAUCAGGAUAAUUCUACAGCUGACAUUAAAGCUAUUAUUUCUGUAAGUAAAGAGAGGUCUGGACUAUCCUUAUCAGCGUGAACUUUCUGUAUCCUUGAAUACUGAAAUACGGAUAAGUGUACAGCUGAAGCUAGAUUGUUUCUGGAUGUAAAAAGAUGGGGACAUAACAGUGGCAUAGAAAGGUGCCAAAAAAUGGGGGGCACACACACACACACACACACACACAUGUAUGUAUGUAUGUAUAUAUGUAUGUGUGUGUGUGUGUAUAUAUAUAUAUAUAUAUAUAUAUAUAUAUAUAUAGUGGACUCUGUCUAAACCGGAUUCUGUGUAAUCCGGAUCUCUGCGUAAACCAGUCCAUUUCUAAAGUCCCGUCCAGCUACCAUUUAUCUCUUUGGUAUAAAUCUCUGCCUAAUCUGUAUUCUGUCUACUCCGGACUCCGGAUCAAAAAUCAAGAACGAAAGAACCGUUCAUGCAUUAAUUACCUCUGUCUACACUGGAUUGGGAUUAACGAUGGGCUGC